UAAACCCCGUGACGUGUUAUCUUCUUCUUUGCACCGCCUUCAAGUUGUUAAUAAUGGCCACCAACCCGUUAGCUGGUCCAUCAGCCCUCAAGGACAUCGUCCAUCCUCAGUUCCAUCAGAACAACUUUCCGGAAGAACUGUAUGUCAAAAAUGAACUCGGUCUUAAACUCGAUAAAGACGAUCAAAUAUGUCGCUUGUCGUUAACUCCAACUGGAUGUCCAUUGGGACCACUUCACUGUCCUUUGCGACAUACAACGCCAUCUUCACAAAACUUUCAACCUCCAAAGCAGUUACCCACGCAUCCUCGCGAGCGAGAACGUUUAGCUACAGUCUGUAAACAUUGGUUACGUGGUUUGUGUAAAAAGGGCGAUGCAUGCGAGUUCUUGCAUGAGUACAAUCUCAGGCGAAUGCCAGAGUGUUGGUGGUAUGCAAAGUACGGUUAUUGCUCAGCAGGAGAUGAAUGCCUCUAUGCUCAUCCCAAGGAACGCCGUGUUGAAUGUCCUGAUUACAAACGCGGGUUCUGCAAAUUAGGACCAGCAUGCCCUCGCAAGCAUGUUCGCCGUGUCGCCUGUCAACUCUACCUAACUGGCUUGUGCCCCCUAGGUCCAGAUUGCCCUCGUGGCCAUCCAAAACCUAAUUUACCGCCUCCUAAAUCAUAUGAACCUCCAUCGCCGCCUUCAAAUCGUGAUCUUGGCCCGCCGCCACCAGGGUAUGGUCGGUAUGCUGAUUUCGAUCGGGGAGCCAUGGGUCCGCAGGUGAUGUCGCACAGUGGAGGACCGAACGGUAGCGGACCACCUCGUAGAAACCUCGAUGAAGUGUUGUGUUUCAAGUGUGGAGAAAAGGGCCAUUAUGCUAAUCAUUGUAGGAAUCGUAAUGUACCAGGCAAUCGUGGUGGUUUAGAUCGUGCCAAGAGGUUUGGCAUGGAAGAUUGAUGCCUUUUCUGUUAGGUUCCCAUUUACCAUAUCAAUGUACUCUGUUGUGCCUUGGAAUGAACCUGUCAUUCAGACACUUUGAGGGAAACAACGCACACAUGGAACAACAUGCGCACGAAGUGGGGAAGGUUCUGUCACGGACUUCAAGCGGCACUUCCAUUUUCUAACAAGGUUCAGGCCUUCCUCUCGCCGAUAGCCUAACCCUGUCUGGUGCACCUGACAUCUUGUUUACUU